CCAAAAAGGAAAAACAGAUUUUCCAACUUUCCUCCCUUCUCUCCCUCGUGUAUCUCUCAGCCACCAUCACCCAACAUCACCAAUUCUACUUUAAAAUCCCUUUAUGCAAUAGAUAAUUAGAGAAGAAGAAGUUUAUAGUACCAAUUCAUGCUAGGGUUUGAUCAAAGAGGAAGAACACGAAAUUGGGGUUUUGGAGAUUUGUAGAAAUUGAAAGCAAGAGCUAAGGAUUGGGGAAUCAUUAGAAGCAUCAUCUUUCAUCAUACAGAAUCAAGUUGUUACAGGUUUGUUGCUGCUGCGCUGUAGAGUGUUGAUCAAUGGCGGCAACGUCAACUAUGGAUGUUUCUCUCUUCCACCACACCCCUUUUUAUUGUGAGGAGAAUGUAUAUUUGCUUUGCAAGAAAUUGUGCAGUGAUGGAAUAGCAAAUUCGGAAGGAUCUGAUCUUUUUGUUGCUUUCAUUUCCAAUGAUAAGAAACAUAUCCCACUUUGGAAUCAAAAAGCUAGCCAAAGGGCAGAUGGGGUUAUUCUCUGGGAUUACCAUGUCAUUUGCAUUCAGACAAAUCAAGGAGGUGGCCUCCCACUAGUUUGGGACUUAGAUUCAACUCUUCCUUUUCCUUCACCUCUACCUUCAUAUGUGUCUGAAACCAUUCGCCCUUCUUUUCAACUUUUUUCUGAUUAUAAUAGAUUAUUCAGAAUUGUUCAUGCUCCGAUCUUCCUUCGUUGUUUUGCAUCUGAUAGAAGACACAUGAAAGGUUCUGAUGGACAUUGGAUUGAACAGCCUCCUCCACAUCAACCCAUUGUUGCUCAAGAUGGAACAGUGCACAACCUCAAUGAAUACUUUAACAUAUCCAGUUCAGACGCUACUGCGGAUGUUAGAACCGGUUCUGUCAAAGAUGCAUUGUUUACCCAGAAACAUGGUGUGGUGAUAAAGGAAAAUCAGCUUGAGGAAUUGUUUUCUCAGAUAUCUUUACAGUAGCCUCAUGGUUCUAAAUAGAUAUCAUAUAUUGAUCUAUCUAUAUUUACUGUGUUUGUGUUUGUAUUUGAGCCACAUAAUCAUUUGUACUGUGUUUGGUUGUACGUUUGUCACCUCAAACUUACGUCUAUAUUGCUUUUUGAUGUUAAAACAUGAAGCUAAUAUUUGUAGCUUAUGUAAAAAAUGCAUGUUUGACGCCUAUUACAUUGCA